GCCAUUCUCCUGCCUCAGCCUCCCAAGUAGCUGGGACUACAGGCGCCCGCCACCGCGCCUGGCUAAUUUUUUUGUAUUUUUAGUAGAGAUGGAGUUUCACUGGGUUAGCCAGAAUGGUUUCGAUCUCCUGACCUCGUGAUCCACCCGUCUCGGCCUCCCAAAGUGGAAGGAUUACAGCGUGAGCCAGCGCGCCCAGCCCGAUCUGACCUUUUUUAAAUGAAGACGUAUUCAGGAAGGAAAUAUCUACAAGUAAGACAAAAUUAAGUAAGAACCCAAUGUACGAACAUUCACUUCUCUAACAAAGGAAAGACACAAAACAAGAAACUAAUAAGGCGGAGAAAGGAAUUGAGAUUGGGGGAAACAGCAUCUCCCUCCUCCCUGCACUCUCGGCAGGUUCCCUGGAAAGUUCUAGAAGGGAUUCAGAAGUGGCUGGUGACAUCACUGUGGCUCCGUGGCGCCCACUACAGCGGCCAAACAACACGCUAGCUUUCCCGCCUCAUAGAGGCUCGUGAAUGGGGGUGGGGCCCUGCGAGGGGCGGGGUCACGUCACUUCCUGUGCGGGACGCGCUGCGGCUGGAGAGGAAAGGCAGAGCGAGGAGGGGCGAGGCCAAGAAAGCGCGCGUUUCUGGGAGGGGAGGAGCCUGGCUAAGGAGCGCCGCGUCACAUCCGGUAGAGUUAGAGCCCGUGCGGAGGCGGUGCGGAGCGUUUCGGCUCUGAGCGGCUGGGCGACCGGCGCGUCGUGCGGGGCUGCGGCGGAGCCUCCUUAAGGAAGGUGCAAGAGGUUGGCAGCUUCGAUUGAAGCACAUCGACCGGCGACAGCAGCCAGGAGUCAUGAGCGACAGCGGCGAGCAGAACUACGGCGAGCGGGAAUCCCGUUCUGCUUCCAGAAGUGGAAGUGCUCACGGAUCGGGGAAAUCUGCAAGGCAUACCCCUGCAAGGUCUCGCUCCAAGGAAGAUUCCAGGCGUUCCAGAUCAAAGUCCAGGUCCCGAUCUGAAUCUAGGUCUAGAUCCAGAAGAAGCUCCCGAAGGCAUUAUACCCGGUCACGGUCUCGUUCCCGCUCCCAUAGACGAUCACGUAGCAGGUCUUACAGUCGAGAUUAUCGUAGACGGCACAGCCACAGCCAUUCUCCCAUGUCUACUCGCAGGCGUCAUGUUGGGAAUCGGGCAAAUCCUGAUCCUAACUGUUGUCUUGGAGUAUUUGGGCUGAGCUUGUACACCACAGAAAGAGAUCUAAGAGAAGUGUUCUCUAAAUAUGGUCCCAUUGCCGAUGUGUCUAUUGUAUAUGACCAGCAGUCUAGGCGUUCAAGAGGAUUUGCCUUUGUAUAUUUUGAAAAUGUAGAUGAUGCCAAGGAAGCUAAAGAACGUGCCAAUGGAAUGGAGCUUGAUGGGCGUAGGAUCAGAGUUGAUUUCUCUAUAACAAAAAGACCACAUACGCCAACACCAGGAAUUUACAUGGGGAGACCUACCUAUGGCAGCUCUCGCCGUCGGGAUUACUAUGACAGAGGAUAUGAUCGGGGCUAUGAUGAUCGGGACUACUAUAGCAGAUCAUACAGAGGAGGAGGUGGAGGAGGAGGAGGAUGGAGAGCUGCCCAAGACAGGGAUCAGAUUUAUAGAAGGCGGUCACCUUCUCCUUACUAUAGUCGUGGAGGAUACAGAUCACGUUCCAGAUCUCGAUCAUACUCACCUCGUCGCUAUUAAAGCAUGAAGACUUUCUGAAACCUGCCCUAGAGCUGGGAUAUUGUUUGUGGGCAAUAUUUUUUAUUGUCUCUUGUUUAAAAAGUGAACAGUGCCUAGUGAAGUUAGGUGACUUUUACACCUUUUAUGAUGACUACUUUUGGUGGAGUUGAAAUGCUGUUUUCAUUCUGCAUUUGUGUAGUUUGGUGCUUUGUUCCAAGUUAAGUGUUUUCAGAAAAGUAUGUUUUGCAUGUAUUUUUUUACAGUCUAAAUUUUGACUGCUGAGAAGUUUCUAUUGUACAAAACUUCAUUUAAAAGGUUUUUCUACUGAAUCCAGGGUAUUCUGAAGAUCGAAGCCUGUAUAAAAUGCUACCAAAUGGCAAAAAGCAACAAUAAACAGUUUGAUUUUUACUUUUCUUUCUAACAUAUCAGUGCUUAGCAGAACUGUUCAGAUUGUCAGUAGUAAAUUUAAAGACAAAUGCCCGUUUUCCUCCAGUCCAUGAAACAUACCAUACUUAUAUACCUGCAACUAAGUGUUUAAAAUUAUGCUCUGUAACUCUGUACUGCUAGUAUUAGAACUAAAAAUCUUAAAAUACAGCCAGUGCUUAAUGCUUAUAUCAAUGUGGAUUUGUCGGCUUUUAUGUAAUCUGUAAUAUGUAUAGCAGGAAAUACGAAGAGUUACACAGUGUAUGCCUUAAAAGGCUGUUUCUUAAAGCUGUUACAAGGGGAUAAUGGUAUUUCAACUAGUUAUCAGCAAGUGACAAUACAUUCCACCACAAAUACACUCUUGUUCUUCUAGCUUUUAGACUAUAUGAAAAAACCGGGUGCUUCAAAGUACAUGAUAAGGGAACACUAUACCUGUGUCAUGGAUGAACUGAAGACUUUGCCUGUUCAUUUUUUAAAUAUUAUUUUCAGGUCCUUUGCUUACCAAAGGAGGCCCAAUUUCACUCAAAUGUUUUGAGAACUGUGUUUAAAUAAACGCAAAUGAAAAAUGUU